AAAAAAACGGCGCCCUCUGUUUUAGCAUUAGCAUUAGCAUUAGCUCGAGCCGCAGUUUGUGGAUUUAUUUGUUUGUUUAUUUGUUUAUUUGUGUUUUUUUGUGGUUUUUCUGUUUUUGUGUUUUUCGUCCAAACCCGCGGCCGGAGCCAUGACCCCCCCGGAGCCGGAGGAGGCGGAGUCUGUCCUGUGACGUCACUGUGAUGUCAUCGUGACGCAGUGACGUCGUAGCGGGAGCGGCGACGCGGUGACGUCAUAGCGUGAAGAUGGAGUCGUGGACGCCGAACCCUCGAGCCAAACCCUUCGUCCCCCGAACGCAGCGCAGCCUCUACCUCAGCUGGAAAUACAGACUGACCAACCGCCGGGCGCUGCGCCGCACCUGCCAGGCCGGGGCCGUCCUGUUUCUCGUCGUCACCGUCAUCGUGAACAUCAAACUCAUUUUAGACACGAGACGAGCGGCCGAAGAAGAACAGGCCCCCGACUACGAGGAGCCUGGAGGUCCUCAGACUCCUCGCAGACCCGUCCACGGGAGACGAGUCCUGGACAUCGAGGUUUACUCCAGUCGGUCCAAAGUUUAUGUGGCGGUGGACGGCACCACGGUUCUGGAGGACGACAUGAGGGAGCAGGGUCGAGGGAUCCACGUCAUCGUCCUCAACCAGGCCUCGGGUCAUGUGAUGGCGAAGAGGAUCUUCGACACGUACUCUCCUCACGAAGACGAGGCCAUGAUCCUGUUUCUGAACAUGGUGACGCGAGGAAGAGUCCUCAUCUUCACCAUCAAGGACGAGGGCACGUUCCACCUGAAGGACUCGGCUCGGUCUCUGCUCAAGUCUCUGGGAUCUGAGGCGUCUCUGGGUCUGAGCUGGAGAGACAUGUGGACCCUGGUGCUACGCAAAGGAGGUCAGGUCUAUGGAGAGAAACACUCCAAGUCUCCGGCUCUGUCCACAUGGGGAGACCCGGUUCUACUGAAGACCGAGGUCCAACUCACAGCCUCAGAAGAGGCUGAGUGUGUUUGGGUCGACACGGAGCUGAACCGCAGGAGGAAGAUCUUCUGCUCUAAAGUCGAGGGCUACGGGAGCAUCUGCAGCUGCAAGGACCCGGCCCCCAUCGAGUUCAACCCCGAACCGCUGCAAAAUAACAAAGUGUUUAACGUCCCUGUCGCCGUGAUCGCAGGAAACAGACCCAACUACUUAUACAGGAUGCUGCGCUCGCUGCUCUCGGCCCACGGAGUCAACCCCCAAAUGAUCACCGUGUUUAUCGACGGAUACUACGAGGAGCCCAUGGACGUGGUGGAGCUGUUUGGUCUGAAGGGGGUGCAGCACACACCAAUCAGCAUCAAGAAUGCUCGAGUGUCACAGCAUUACAAAGCCUCUCUGACGGCCAGUUUCAACCUGCACCCGGGGGCAGACUACACCAUCGUCCUGGAGGAAGACCUGGACGUCUCCAUCGACUUCUUCAGUUUCCUGAGUCAGACGAUCCACCUGCUCGACCAGGACGACUCUCUGUACUGUAUCUCCGCCUGGAACGACCAGGGUUACGAGCACACGGCCGAGGACCCGGCGCUGCUCUACAGGGUGGAGUCGAUGCCUGGACUCGGUUGGGUCCUGAAGAAAAGUCUCUACAAAGAAGAACUGGAGGCAAAAUGGCCGACGCCCGAGAAGCUGUGGGACUGGGACAUGUGGCUGCGGAUGCCGGAGCAGAGACGAGGACGUGAGUGUGUGAUUCCCGACGUCUCCAGGACCUACCACUUUGGAAUCAUCGGACUCAACAUGAACGGAUACUUCCACGAGGUUUAUUUUAAGAAACAUAAGUUGAACACUGUUCCUCUGGUGGAUCUGAGAGACGUGGACCUGCUGAAGAAAGACGAGUACGAGACUGAAGUCCAGAGACUGCUCCGAGAGGCGGAGGUGUUGAAUCACUCGUUGGAUCCGUGUGAUGAUUCGUUUGUUCCCGACACCGAAGGAAAAACGUUCGUGAUGUUCAUCAGGAUGGAGACGGAGACGGACACAGAGACCUGGACCGAGCUCGCCAAGUGUCUUCACGUGUGGGACCUGGACGUUCGUGGGAACCAUCGUGGGCUCUGGAGACUCUUCAGAAAGAAGAACCACAUCCUGGUGGUGGCCACGCCCCUCUCCCCCUACAGUUGGAGGAAACCGUCGUCUGUGACGCCGAUUCACCUGGAGCCUCCACCAAAAGAAGAACCAGCCGCCGUGGAGCAGCUGUAAACCCUGCAGCUGUUCGGACUCUGACCCACAGCUGCAGCUGUUCAGACUCUGACCCUGCAGCUGUUCAGACUCGUCGCUGCUCCUGUGGCUCUUGUAUGAAAAGACUAAUCUGCUUUUUAACACUCGAAACACCACAGACCCUGCAGCUGUUCAGACCCUGCAGCUGUUCUCAUUGGUCCUGUGUCUCUGGAGUCACUUUUCUUUUAAAAAACGUCUCAACAUUUCAGUAUCGACACUAAAACACCAAAGAGAAAUUCAUUUUUGUCUCUGGACAAAAGUUUUUAAUCGAUUUGAUUUUUGUGUGAAGCUUCAUCAGGACCUGAACGAUUCUGCUGAUCUGCCUCAGGUCACACGUCAACACACUCGACACACACUCGACACACACUCGACACACACUCGACACACACUCGACACACGUGUGUGUGUCUGUGUGUGUCAGAGGAGUGUCAGUGCUGUGAGCGCCCCCUUCAGGCAGAUUUAAGGCGGCGUCCAGCAGCUGAAGAACUGAAGACGGAUCUGGGACGAGCUGAGAAACAGAUUCAAUCAAAAACUUUUGUCCAGAGACAGAAUUAAAUUUCUCUGGAUCCUGAACGACUGAAGGAUUCACGAAUAUCAACACUAAAGCAGAACUCACCGGUCCAGACCCGGCCCUGACCCGGUUUACGAAAAAAUCCCUGACUUCUGUGUUCAAACAUUUUUAGAUUCUAAAACUCAAAUCAGAGUUUAUUUAUUUGUUUAUAUGUUUGUUUUUUUUUUGUAAAAUGUAAAAAUGGCUCCGAUCAUUUUUCAGACUGAAUUUAGUUUUUGUUGCUUUUUGUUUGAGAAACUGUAAAAGACUCUGAGGCCUUACAGGUGUCCAGAUCAGACCUGCUGCUGUUCGUCCCACUGCUCCCGUUCAAAACAGACCCACCCACUAUAGACCGAGUCUAGACCUGGUCUAGACCCGGUCCCGGUGAAGUUUGAGUUUUACACUGAUGGAGAGAGUUUGUUGUUUGAAGAAUUUUUAUGUAGUUUUUAAUUUUGUGAAAAUAAAACUUUUUUAUACUCAG